AUGGCUGCCUCAUUUCAUCUCAUCACUGGAGAGACAAAAAGUCAUGUAAAAAACACCCUUGCAAGCCAUAAAUAUCUUCACACGGCGCUGAUUUCGAAGAUGAGAUUCUUAUUUACGUGUUCUGGCGAAAAUAACGCGCCUUUAAUAUCUCCAUACCUAACUUUUUUUGUCUUUGCUGUGUUUGGGGUCACGAAUUACCCCUAUCUCACACGCGACUUACGCCUCCAAGUCCUCACUCUCCACGAACAUGGCUUCAGUUAUACACAAAUUGCAAAGGCCAAAGGUCUUACCUAUCGCCAGGUCUACUAUACGUGCAAACAAGGUGUUCCUUCUCCUCGCAAGCGCACUGGGAGGCCUCCAACUCUCUCCGAAGAGCAGGUCAAAAUCCUCGUCAAUUACGUCUGCGCCAGCCUAAAGAACAGGCAGUUAUCCUUUGAUGAACUGGCAGAGAAACUCCCCUUUGGUGUAGGGGCUUAUACUAUUCGCUCUGCUCUUCGAAAAGCUGGUUUUCAACAAGAUCACUCACCCUGGGAGAAAGAGGAUUGGCAAUGGAGGAUAAAUGAUGGAAUUGGGUGUGUCUAUAUGUAUGUCAACCUAUAUGGAUGUCAAGGAUAA